AUUAUCGACAACUUCGAGACCUCCACUUCUGAAAUAGUGCGUCCCCUCAGUUGGACACUUUUAGGUUUGGACAGUGGUGCUCCACUUGCCCAUGUCGACUUGACGAAUGGGCCUGGAUUCGCCCAAAAGUACCAUUUCAGCCUGACUGAAGCGAGGAUUCGCGUCAAUUCGCUGCUCCCAAGAGCUGUAUUUGGUAUCGCCUAA